AGAUGUACCUUUUGCCCUCUCCGACUCAGCAUGCAGUCCCUCUUUUCCUUCUCUCUCUGAGUUGGAACUUGGAACAUUUCAUUCUUGGACCUCCCAAAUAGACGGUUUGGUCCUUAAUUCUGCAUAUUUUCGCAUUCUCUUUCCGUAGUAUACCCCAUCUGAAUUCAUGAGUCAUCUCUUGGGAUAAAACUGAAAACCCCAUUAUAGCUACAGGCAAAGUUCUCUUCUUUCAUCUUCUUCUUCUCUGUUUAAAGUGAUCAUCAAGAAAUUUAAGCAGUUUUCUCUCUCUGUCUGUGUCUGUCUUUCCCUCUGACCCUUUUAUUAGUUAAAAACAGUCAAAGAGAGUGUGUGUGGGUUUAUCAACGUGUUUUGAGUGUGGUUCACUUUUAAAAACAACAAUGCCAUCAGCCACCAUGAGCCACCUUCGUGCUCUCAUUCUCCUCCUUAUAUGUACCAUCACAAACACCACUUCCUUCCAAUUCCACCGCCACCUCCUCCACCAGCCUUUUUUUCCUCGUAGCUCCCUUCCACCAACCUACCUUCCUUCCUCCUCUUCCCCAUUUCCCUCGCCACAAUCCCAACCUCAUCACAACCAACAACAACAACAACAACAACAGCAGCCCAAAUAUCCUUUCUCCACAACUCCACCUUCCACCCCUCAAAAUCCUUUCUUUCCUUCCUUCCCUUCCCCUCCACCCCCUCCUCCACCACCCUCCACACUCCCAACUUUUCCCGCCAACAUCUCCUCCCUGCUCGUGCCCCACUCUCCCUCCCCCUCAUCCCACCGCCGCCAUCUCCUCCUCAUUUCCCUCUCCUCCGCCCUCCUCAUGGCGGCCAUCAUCCUCUGUCUUGCCGCCCUUACGCUCUACCUUCGCCAUCACAACAACCAAAACACUUCCUCCGAGGACAAAGCUUCCCGUUCAGACUCCCUCCGCUUAUUCCCUCCCAACAUUCCCCCCUCAGAUGCCUCCACAAAGCCACCACCUCCACCACCACCAUCUCAACAACCGCCACGUUAUGUCUCAACCAACCGCAGCUCGGAGUUUCUUUACUUAGGCACCCUUGUAAACUCUAGAGUAGACCCAGAAAAAACAACCCUUUCUAGCAAUGGAGGUAUCAAGCUGGGAGUUUCAUCUUCUCCUUAUCAAAAGCUUGGCUCUCCAGAGCUGAAUCCAUUGCCACCAUUGCCAAAAGUCCAAACUUUUCAAAGUGGACAACAGUUUCUCCAAAAUGGGCAAAUGGGUAGUUUUGAAAACAAUGUUGAAGAUGAAGAAGAGUUUUUUUCACCAAGAGGCUCUUCAGGUAGAAGAGAGAGUCCGACACCAGUAAGAAUAGGAUCAAGUUCAAGGGGGGAGUUUCAAGGUGAGAACUUUGGGAGUAGAAGCUUCAACUCAAGAACAGCUUCUUACCCUUAUUCCAACUCUUGUUCACCUACAAAUUCAUUCUUGAACUCAAGUCCUGUGAGUCAGAGAUCCAAGUCUCCAGAUACUGUUGUUCCUAUCUUUACAGUGAGAAUAAAAAACCCAUCUCCAACUUCACCUUCAUCCACAAAGUUAUCUUCAUCGUCUUCCGAAAGGGAUUCACCAGAUAGAAGUUCAAGUUUUUCGGGUAAGAAAAAGGAAUCUCCAUCAAUGAUUGUGCUUAAGAAGCUUCCACCACCACCUCCGCCGCUUCCUCCACUGCGUUUCUGGGAAGUUCCUGUGGCAAUGAACUCUGUUUACGAGGCUAAUUCAGGGGGGCCUCCGGUUCUUGUUGGGCCUUCCAAUCCGGUGGUGUUGCAGAAUUUGGCGGUGAAUGAGCAAUUGAAGAAGAAUGAGGGUUUAGAGAGGAGUGAAGAGACCCCUAAACCGAAAUUGAAGCCUUUGCAUUGGGAUAAAGUUAGGGCGAGUUCGGAUCGGGCCAUGGUGUGGGAUCAAAUAAAAGCAAGCUCUUUUCAAUUGAAUGAGGAGAUGAUUGAGACACUUUUUAUGGUGAAUAAUUCAAAUUUGGCCACGAAAGAUAACGGUGGUGGUCGCCGGCAGAUUCUGUCCUCUGUGAGUCAGGAAAAUUGCGUACUUGAUCCGAAGAAGUCUCAGAACAUUGCAAUUUUAUUGAGAGCAUUGAAUGUGACCAUUGAUGAAGUCUGUGAAGCACUUAUGGAAGGCAAUUCAGACGCACUUGGGACAGAGCUCCUGGAAAGCCUAUUAAAGAUGGCUCCAACCAACGAAGAAGAGCGUAAGCUGAAGGAGUUCAGUGAUGAAUCCCCUUUUAAGCUAGGUUCCGCUGAGAAAUUCCUCAAGGCAGUGCUUGACAUACCUUUUGCCUUCAAGAGGGCUGGUGCAAUGCUUUACAUUGCUAAUUUUGACUCUGAAAUUGAGUACCUGAAAAGGUCUUUUGAAAAUUUAGAGGCUGCUUGUGGAGAGUUGCGGAACAGCAGAAUGUUUCUGAAGCUUUUGGAGGCAGUAUUAAAAACUGGGAACCGCAUGAAUGUUGGCACCAACCGCGGUGAUGCCCAUGCCUUCAAGCUUGACACACUCUUAAAGCUUGUUGAUGUGAAGGGCACUGAUGGGAAAACCACACUUCUGCACUUUGUUGUGCAGGAAAUCAUCAGAGCUGAAGGUUCUCGCCUUUCCAGUGUCAAUCAGAACAUGAAAGCUGAGAAAAUUCAGCAAUCUAAUUUUCAGGAUGAUGUUGAAUUUAGGAAGCUCGGCCUGGAGGUUGUUUCUGGUCUAAGUGGGGAGCUGACCAACGUAAAGAAGGCUGCUGCUAUGGAUUCAGAUGUUCUCAGUAUUGAAGUUGCAAAACUUGCUACUGGUAUCUCUAAAAUCAGAGAAGUCAUAAAAUUAAAUGAAGAGAUUGUGCUGAAAGACAGCAGCCGUAAAUUCUUUGAGUCAAUGAAUGAGUUCCUGAAGAAGGCGGAGGAAGAUAUUGCCAGGAUCCAAGCCAAAGAGAGAGUCACUCUCUCUAUGGUGAAGGAGAUAACAGAGUAUUUCCAUGGGAAUUCAGCUAAGGAAGAAGCUCAUCCUUUCAGGAUUUUUAUGGUCGUGAGGGAUUUCCUCUCCAUUCUUGAUCAAGUGUGCAAGGAAGUUGCCAAGGUCAAUGAGAGAACAAUAUACAGCUCGGCGCGUCCAUUGCCAAAUCCUACCCAUCUUCCAGUUUUUCCUGGACUCAAUGUAAGGCAGCAUUAUGGUUCCUCUGACGAUGAAAGCUCAUUACCCUCAUCAUAGUUCCUGAUCAAUGUCUCACAUCUCCAUAUGUGCUUGCGGGUAAAUCUUAUUGUCCUCAUCAUGAAUCUUAUAUCUAUCUAACCAGGUCCCAUUUCAGAAUGCAGCCGUCAUUGCAAACAUGUGUCUGAAUCUCAACAUAUAUAAUGUAAUAUCUUUUUGGUUGGCUAAAUUUGUACUUGAAUAUAUCGACCUACAGGAUUUUGGAAGUUGUUUUGCUAUGUGUAAUAUACAGGAUGAAAUAAAGCAGCAUAGCUAAAAAGGGUUUGAUCCAUCUUGUAAAUAAAGUAGUGACUCUAAAUUGAAGUUUAUGUUCAAUGAUAGAAGCAUAAUGGUUGGUGCCUGCUAAAUAUAUAUUUUUUGUACUAGAAUUAGAAAUAAGAUGUGGUGGCUACCGGGGAUGCCGGUUUCUUCUUGUGGCUGAGAGGGCUUUGCACAGUCCUGGUUUGAUCUGGCUCUUUACUUUUUUCAACACAGGAGGUAAGGCUUGAGAAAAGAGAUUUUGCAUGGGUUGGGAUGGAAUCUGAAUCAUUUGGGCUAAGGUUCAGGUUCUCUUUUAGGAAAAAGAAUUGUUCUUCAAGCUGUGUAUGGUAAGUGGCAGAUGCUUUCAUUCUACGAGCAGUUUCCACUUUCUCUAUUCUCAAUUGCAUGUUUAAUUUUUAAUAGCGUUCAACAGAUCGAAUUUUGAUGGGUAGAACUAGAACUAAAACUUCAGCAAUUUAAAAAUUAUAUUACAAAAUUAUCCAAAUU